AUGGCAAUGAUAACUUUGAUUCUGGUGAGCUUGGUCGGAGCUGCAUUUUGCACAAAAGGCGGCUAUGGCGGCGGUGGAUAUGGCAGUGGUGGUGGUGGCGGCGGAGGUGGUGGAGGAUUUGGAUCAGGCAGUGGUGGCGGAGGCUUGGCAUUACUAUUAGGAGGAGGUGGAGGAGGAGGGGGUGGUGGUGGAAAAGGAGGAUAUGGUUCAGGAUAUGGUGGAAGCAGCGGAUAUAGUGUAGGAUAUGGCAGCAGUGGAAGUGGUGCUGGAGGCAAUGGUGGGGGACUCUUAAUGUUAGGAGGAGGAGGCGGAGGAGGCGGUGGAGGAGGAGGAGGAGGAAAAGGAGAAAGGUCAAGUAAUGUCACACAUUUAUAA